AUGUCAUCGUCUGUCUCUUUGAUCCCAUUAGCAGAUACUAGAGAAUGUGCAGAAAACCUUCUUAAAGCAGCGGAGACACUCGGCUUUGUCUACAUUACCCUCGAGGGCAGUGACAUCCCACCAGAGAAGGUGGAGCGGAUGUUUGAAAUUUCCAAGAAGUUUUUCGCCUCACCUAAAGAAGAGAAAGCUAAAUGUCACAUCUCACCCGACAACAGGGGCUGGAGCUCUAUGCACACUGAGAUUUUAGACCCUGAGCACCAACGCCGAGGAGAUUUCAAAGAAGCAUUUAACUUUGGAGAGUUCAAAGACGGGAAAGCCCAGCAACCGUUACCGCCUGCGCUCCAGGACCACGAGCCGAAGUUGAACGAGUUUUCAGAUUAUUGUCACAAUUUGUGUCUCAAGCUAUUAAGGUUGUUUGGUAUGGCGUUGAAGGCAGGCAAAGAGUGGUUCACAUCCCGUCACUCGCGUUCAGAAGGGCCCUCCGGGUCUAUCCUUCGACUGCUAUUCUAUCCGAGCUUAAGCGCCCAUCCAGAUUUUGACCCUAAAUUUGAUACUCGGGCUGGUGCGCAUAGCGAUUACGGCAGCAUCACGUUAUUAUUCCAACGUCCCUCCGAGCCGGGGCUCGAAAUCCUGCAUCCAUACUUGAAAACCUGGCAUCCAGUACCAGUCAUACCUAACGCAAUCUUGGUCAACAUUGGGGAUCUCUUAUCCUAUUGGACCGCGGGUCUCCUUCGGUCCACGGUACAUAGAGUCGUGACACCUGACUCUGGAUCUGACGGGCCCAAAGACCGUUAUAGCAUGGCUUUCUUCUGCCACCCAGCAUACCCCACCUUAUUGACGCCGGUUCCAAGCGAAAUAAUCAGGUCUAGGGGUGAAAGGGGCGCGAAUGACGCUGAGAAGACCUUAACCUCUCUAGAUCAUCUCAAAGGUCGUUUGUCAUCUGCUUACGGAUGGAAGUCAGAACCAGCUUAAUUUGAGUUACACAAGUAAAUGUUACCUUCAGAUCUCCCUAAAUUGAUGCGCUCUUUUUAGUACCGUAUAGAUCCGGUAAUACCCAUUUG